UCAACAUUCAACCAGUAACACAAAGAGUAAUACAUACGGAAACAGUAACAACUGAGGUAGUAACUCCCCUGAGUAUAUAUUAUGUUCUGUGGGUAGUAACAACAACAAUCCAGUAUCCACCAUAGAGGAAGGAUGUAUAACUGAGAGUAUCCACACACCUGUCAACUUUUCCUCUAGACAAAAUAAAUAAUUAUUAUUUGAAUUCAAAUUUCAUAAGUUUAGAAUAUGUAUUAAGAUUACUUGAAUAAUAUUUAUUGAAGGAAAAUAACUAAACACACUAGGUAGUCAUCAAACGAAUGGCAUCAUAUUGAUACAGCCUUCAAAAACAAAAUCCCUUCAGUUUAUAAAGUUACAAAAAUUAUUUUAUUUAAAUGACAUCAUUAAGAUGGGUAAAGAAGUAUCAUUAUUUAAAAAUUUUGAUUAUCUUAUUAAUCCUUUACUGGAUAUACCGAACUUCCAACUUAGAGUUCAAAAACACAGUACAUAUUCUACAACAAAAUCAAAUUUAUGUAAAAAAUAAUAUGAUCACACCAUGGAAUGCAUGUUUAGAACCUUAUAAGUUUGUCAUUAUUGUAACUUCAUAUGUGGGCCAUGUUGAACUGAGAAGUGCACAUCGAAGAUCAAUGCCCAUAGAUUACCUGAGAGCAAGGAAUGUAACAAGAUUCUUUUUAUUAGCCAGAAUUCCUAAAACUGAAAGAUUCAUAACACAAGAAGCAAUAGUGGAUGAGAGUAACACCUUUGGUGAUAUACUUCAAGGUUCAUUCUAUGAAAACUAUAGAAACUUGACAUACAAAAAUCUGAUGGGUUUACAAUAUGCAUCAUCAGAAUGUAAUGGAGCCUCUUACAUUCUCAAAGUAGAUGAUGAUACUGUAUUUAAUUUUGAGUUAACACACAACUUUUUAUCCAAACUCCCUGACAACAGUCAAAAUCCAUUCAUGCUGGGAUAUAUGUUGAACAACACUUCACCUAUAAGAUUGAACCAAAAUAAAUGGUAUGUUACAUAUGAAGAAUAUCCAUUACAGAAAUACCCAUCAUAUUUAUCUGGAUGGUACUAUAUAACAAAUCCGAAAACGGCAGCGAUGAUUUGUGAUGAAGCUCCUUAUCACCCUUACUUUUGGAUAGAUGACAUCUUAAUAACUGGAAUACUGACCGAGUAUCUUAAUAUAAGAAUUCAACAAUUGCCAAGAGAUUAUUGGUUGGAACACUAUGAACUCUUAGAAUGCUGUCUGAGGGAUAUGGUCAAAAGGAAAAUAAAAUGUAACUAUGUUGUUGGACCAAAUGGGGGAAGACAUAAUCUUAUAGUGGAAUUUAAUGAUGCAUAUAUAUCUUGUACAAAUUGUGCACCAAGAUCUAUUACACAAAAAUUGAAUGAAACAUGUGUUAUGUUCAGAGAUAGGACUAUAUUUAGUGAUGGAAAAGCAGAAGUGCAUCAUAUUAAACUUUGAGUUUGAAUGGAGUGAUCUAUAAACAACAAUCCACUCAUACUAAUCUGUGAUAUUAGGUUAAGAAAUUGUUUUAGAAACUGGACAAAUGUUCUAUAUUUUUAUACAAUCAUGGAUAGGGAUUUAGUUACAAAUUACAAUGUAUUUAUGUAAGUGAUAAUAAUAUGCUGAAGUCCAUUAAAAAUUAUUACAUUAGAUUGAUGACCAUAAAAACAAAUUCCUGAUCUCCUAGAUAUAGAAUA